AUGGCCCGUGAGUCUUGUCAGGGCAAUGCCCUGACAGCCAGGAGGGACGACCGUGAUCGCAACGAGGAAAACUGCAAUCCCCACACGAAGACCAUCGAUGUGCGAUGCUUCGUGGUGGAGAAGAGGGAUCGAGAAACAUUUUUCUCUAUCAUUUCCAAGAAUGUUGUUCCUGGAACACAGAUUUGGACUGAAGGGUGGGCAGCAUAUGGUGCUCUCCCGACAAUGGGAUACCUACAUCAGUGGGUGAAUCACGAGAACUUCCUGAACACCGUAAAUGGUGCUCACACCCAAAACAUCGAGCGCUGCUGGGUGGAGGUUCGCAGAUUUAUUCAACGAAACCGGAAGGGAACGACACCAGGUCUGCUACAGACUCACCUGGCCGAGUUUCGGCAUCGGGGCCGCAUGGAAGGAGUGGACCUUUUCGAGGGGCUCCUCAAUGUGAUUAAGUUCUAUCCUGCGUAGAUGUGUGCC